AAACUUUUAGGUGAGCUUCCCUUUGAUGCUUAAAGGUCAUGGGAUUAGGGUUUCUUCGGGUAUAAAGCGCUUGUUAGUAUUUUCAUUUCAGAUUUUCUCUCUCUCGCUCUCAUCCGUCUAUCCAUUAUCUAUCUUGGUUAAAGAGAGCGAAGCCCUGAGUUGAUCGAGUCUUUCAGUGAGUGGAUCGAUAGAGCUGAGAUGCCGUGUUGUACAAUAUUUUCAGUUCAUGUUUGAUCGCUCUUUCUCUGAUUCCUUGAUCGCUUUCUCUCUAAUUCCUCUGUAGACGAGGGGUCUGAGUUGAACGAUUCUGUUGAGGCCAGUGAAACCAGGAAGUCCAUCAAAUAUGCCUUCUCUCUAAUUCUUUUGCAGAGGAGCGGAGCUCUGAGUUGAGCGAGUCUAUUGAGGCUCUAGUCAAUGGAACCAGGAAGUCCAUUAAAUAUGCCUUUGUGUUUUUCACCAUCUCUCUCUUUCUCUAUUUCUCUUGGAAUAACCAUCAUAAAGCUCUUGUCGAGUGGAAAUCCUUCCAGAGAAAAGCUCUCGCUCUCUGGUUGCAUAGAUUGAUCAGCUUAUUCUUUACUGAGUAACAUCAUGAGCAAGUGCAAGUGCUACCCGGAAGUCUGUGAGGAAUAUCAGAAGGCUGUUGAGAAAUGUAAGAGAAAGCUCAGGGGCUUCAUUGCGGAGAAGAACUGUGCACCGUUGAUGGUCCGUACUGCUUGGCAUUCUGCAGGAACUUUUGAUGUCUGUACUAAAACUGGGGGUCCCUUUGGGACAAUGAAGUACCCAGAAGAACUUGCCCAUGGUGCUAAUGCUGGGCUUGAUAUUGCUGUUAGGCUAUUGGAGCCUAUUAAGGAGCAAUUUCUGAUAUUGACUUAUGCUGAUUUCUAUCAGCUUGCUGGAAUUGUUGCUGUGGAAGUUACAGGAGGACCGGAGAUUCCUUUCCAUCCAGGAAGACAGGAUAAGACCGAGCCACCAGUUGAAGGCCGCCUCCCUGAUGCCACGAAAGGUCCUGACCAUCUGAGACAAGUCUUCAUCAAGCAAAUGGGCCUUACUGACAAGGACAUUGUUGCUCUAUCUGGUGCACACACCCUGGGAAGGUGCCACAAGGAGCGUUCAGGAUUUGAGGGAGCUUGGACUUCCAACCCUCUCAUCUUUGAUAACUCCUACUUCAAGGAGCUUUUGAGUGGAGAGAAGGAAGGCUUGCUUCAGUUGCCAUCUGACAAGGCCCUGAUUGAGGAUCCUGCUUUCCACCCGUAUGUGGAGAAGUAUGCAGCGGAUGAGGAUGCCUUCUUUGCUGACUAUGCUGAAGCCCACUUGAAGCUUUCGGAGCUUGGAUUUGCUGAUUGCUGAAUGCUUUAAAGAUGGUGCUAGUGGUAUUUUCUCCUGCUUUCCCUCGAUUUCGUUAUGGCGUCAUACUUGUGAUGGGUUAGUUGCUAGGUUGGGAGUUGGUUGGAUAAAUAAUAAUACAGUGGUGUGUGGUCCAUGUAGAUUUUGGUCGAUUUUUGUUGGCUUUUUUGCCUGGUAAUAUUUUGUUUCGUGACAGUGGACGGUGUCUUUUGUUGUGACUAAAUUUGGUACCUUCAAUGCUUGUUACUGGAAGAAAAUGAAACACCGCAUGUUCUGCAUUGUAUACUGCA